GGCGCCGGUCAGCUGCUUGAAGCCAUGGACCAUUUCGCUGUCUUCUAAGCACUGCAGUCAAAGGAGCGCGACAAAGGAGCAAUUAAGUCAAAGGAGCAAAGUUGUUUGCGCACGCACACACCCAUCUGUCCGUCCGCCAACACAGCCGACGUCGUAGUGGUCGGCUCAUCAGUCAGUCAGUCGGCUCCCAGUCAGUCUGUCUGUCUGUCUGUGUCAGAGGCCUAGGCCGAGGCGCUGCUCAUCGCACAUCCACGACAAAAAGACAGACAUGUGCACGUAUGUUGGGGGUCGUGUCUUUAGUCGGUCUUCUUGCUCUCAGCUGGGUUCAUCACCUCCUGCACAGAACACACACAUUAUUCGCCGCUGUGCACACAUCCGCAUCCCUGCGCUGCCCAUCGAGUGAGCUGACCUUGAAGUACUGCCUGAAUUUCUUCUCUUUGUAGCCGUCGUUGACACCUCCGCAUUGGACCGAGUACACGCGCACCCGAUAGUGAUGCUCCAGCAAGAGGAACUUCCGCUCGAACUCCCUGCAGUCAACGCACGCACACACACCCAUCUGUGUGCGUGGCGUUGUGUGCGAGUGCGAGACGCCAGGCAAGGCGCCAAUCGCUGUGGUGUCCCCUACUUGCGCUGUCUUGUUGCUGGCCGGGUGGCAUGAUGGGCUUACGCUUUGGUUUCUCCGGCAGUCGGUCAAGGGGCUCGUCGCGGCCGAAGGGGCGUGAAGGGAGAUCGGAACCUGACACACACAACAGGCACACACACGGUCUCCUUCGUGCCCUCUUGGGUGCUUUCUUGUGGUGUGUGUGCGUGUUUGUGUGUGUGUGUUUGGUUGGGUGCCUGCUUUCUCUUCUGGCUUCGCAGCGCGAGUCGUGUAUGUCUUGCAUGUCUUCUCACGCCUGUCCUUGUCCAAACCAGCCACUGCACGCCACAAACAGGCAGAGCAAAUCCAUGACGGCGUAGAGUCCAUUCGCUUUGCCCGUUGAAGGGGAAUAGCCUCUUCAGUGGCGGGGCAAUAUCCUCCUCGCUGCACACGCGCACACACACCACACACACACACACACACACACACAGAGAGAGAGAGAGAGAGGACGAGCAGCGAUGCGAUGGCUCCUCUGCGGCGGCGGCAGUGGCGUGGGGUCCGUGUCUUGACUCUCUGCAGCAGUCAAAAUGCCAUGUACAUGCACACUUGUCGGCAUCAUCUCCACCUCUGCAUCGCCCCACCGGGCUGAAUGUAUGUCUUGAACAUGAGGUCAUUCUUGCGGUAGCCCCAAUGAUCGAAGUUUCGCUUGAGGAGCACGUCGAAGUUGUCGAGCUUCUGUGUCUUGACGAUCCAUAGCUUCCACAAGCGCUCAAGCUCCAGACAUUUGUUCGACCUUCCCAGAGAAAGAAGUCCACGUGGUCCUGCUUUCGGUCCGGAAACAGGGCCAUCCACCGUGUGUCGGCGCUUCCGGCCUACGCUGUGCCCCCUCGCCGGCCUCCGUCGUCAGCUGGGGUACAACCUCGAACAGAUCCUUCUCAACCUGCAGACCGAUGUGGACACACACACAGGCGGGGAGACACAGAUGUAGCGGAUGCAUACUCGCACCUCUGCUAUCUUACCUGCUUCCAUUCCGACUGCAGUUGUUCUUCCGUUUUUGCCCGGGCCAGGUGCUUCGCAUCUGACAGUCCAGAGGCUCCAGGUGGACAGUGUUCGAGAGGCGGAGGCUUUCGCUGCCGGUGGGGCUCUCCAGCUGCUACUUGGUGGUCGACGAUUGAGACUCACGAAGAGAUUAGGGCGGCGAAGCACCACCUGGUCCACUGGGCGGCGUCAGGCUGGCGGCAGAGUCCGACGGCCGCGAUGCGCGCGACGCGCGCGACGAGACGGCUGCUGCGGGGGCAACACUGGCUGCUGUGUCAAGGGGAAGGGCUGAUUUGUUCGAGGACUGUCGCUGCCAGAGUCCCACGGCGGGGCGGGGACAUGACGGACGUCUUUGAAGUCCCACACCAUGUGAUCAAUGAGACGAGAGGAGGGGAGAGGGCAAACUUCCCAAGGCGAGCUGCAGGGCGGCCACCGAGUGCGGCCGACAUCC